AUGCGUCCAAGCAAAGCACAGACGGGCGAGUCCAUGGACAGACCUAACAUUAUACAGGAUGAAGAUAUUAACGUGUCCUCCCCCAAUAACCAGCAACCGGAAUCCGUGGGCCGACAUUUCGCUGCCAUUCCAGCGCCAUCUGUUUCCGGACUAGACGAGGAACGAUGCAGAGAGUCGCCAUUGACCACCCAAUCCAAGGCAACUGAAAAUGCGAGCGACAUUCCAGAGAGUAUUCUUCUGCAGCAGAACACCAGAGUGUCACACUUGCAAAUCGGUUCCUCUGAUGAUUCAAUCAAGAAUGAGUCGGAUUUAAAGCCUGACCAAGCCGGUGGUGAUAGAAGCUUCAAGGUAUCACCAUUACAGUCGAUCGAGUUAGCUUCCGCAACAUUCGGAGGCAGCUACAGAAUCCCCCUCACGUUGUAUUACGCGACUGAUGAGCUUCGUGUUCGAGGAGAUAUAUGUACCGUCAUCGAUGAGUUGUUCCAGGAAAACUGGGAUGAAAAGGACGAAGCCUUCGAUGCCCUGGUCGAGGUGUUCAAUACGCGGCCUUUCAAACAAGACCUUUAUUUUUCCGCUGCUGACUCAGUACAGCAUUGCGUGCUCACUGCAUCUGCCGUUCGAGGCACACCUGGCUCAUCUGAACUGGAUACCUUGGUCCAAAGCUUAGGAAUGGAACCCGCUCUAAGCUACCUGCCUGAACAAGAGACUGGAUUGAGAGGUGAAAGCCCGCCAGAAAUUACAGCAGCCAACGCAAUACCCAACGUUGCCUCGAAAGACCUUUCUCGUAUUAUUCUUCGUUUCCUGAGCGACUUGCCGCAUCCGUUGAUACCAGAUGACGUCUUUACUGCUUUUUCUGACACGAUCCGACUCCAGACUGCCGAUCCUAUCAAGAUUCAAAUGUCAUCUCUGUUGGUGCAGUCGCUACCCGACGAACAACAGCAGCUGCUACAGUUUUUGCUAGAGUUUUUGGACGACAUUAUUCUUAAACCUCUGCAGGAUCAUAUCCAAGUUUGCGAGCAUGCAUCCUCGGACGUUGCUGACCGAGAUGACGGUCAUAAAGAAAAGAUGCAGUUGUACAAGAAGACAAUCGCACGCAUUUCCGAGGUCUUUGGGAUUGUCUGCACCCAUGCGACCACUAGUGAAUUAAGCGGCAGUAUGAGCCACACUAUGGAAACCCCGAUCGAGAGUUCGCUCUAUCGCUACUACAAGGUGAUGUCCGAGCGGAAGGGUAUCCAGGAGAAGUUGGCUACUGUUGUGAACAAGGCCCAAACCGUCUUCCAUUAUUUAUUGCAGAACAGAGUGGGCAUCUUUGGGUCCUUUUCCUUUUCCUUGCAUUCGCUGGGCGCCACAGGACAUCCAGCUAAGCGUAUAGGGGCCUCUGAUAUUGAUACCAACGGCCAGGGUGAGGAUGUGAACGAAGCGCUUUUGUGUAAAUGCGACGAUGACACCAAUUAUGGGCACCAGUCAGAUAACGCAUACUUGGAUCGGCCCACUACGCUACUGGAGAGUAGGGAGCGACAGUACCAAAAGUCAGGAUCGUGCGCCAACCAAUGCCCGUGCAAGCCAGCGGGGAGAUCGCGACACUUUCACAAAUGUGCGAUACAAGGCAAGGCAUUUGCCCAACGGGUUGUAGAACCAACGACUGCGAUAUCGGACACAGGAAACAUUGGCGAUGAUAUGCCUAGCAGUCGACCUAAUGCUACUUGUGACUCUGCCAUGGAAGAGACCGUCAUUGUGGAUACACUGGCAGAGGCGGCUAUGCGAGUACACGCCGCUCAAUCUUUGCGAUUACAGAGACAUUUGCCUCAUCCGUCAUUAGAAACACUCCAUUCUAUCAUGGCCGAAACGGACUCUAUUAUGGGAGUACUUGACCAAAAGCAAUGUGAGGAUCAGCAUGGGGGUAAUGAGGAGAAACAGAAGACCAAAUUUGGGCUCGAGUCCACGGACUCUCCGCAGGGGUCCACUAAUCGAAAGCGCCAGGAACACGAGAUCCGUAUCGUAGAGAAGGAGAUCCUGCAAUCAGUUCUUGACCGCGAACUUGGGCAGCCUCUACCCCUCCAGUUCUCCAGCGAGCAUUCCUCCCGAGAUCCUGCCCUCGGUGCGGACGAUGUUGGCGCAUCAGGCAAUGUUUACGGCGGCGAAGACUAA